AUGUAUCCAAACGCUCAACAGAACCAGGCGCGGCCGUUUCAGGUCCCCCCGCCUCCGCCUAUGUCGCCACCCGUAGCCGGUCAGCCUGGACAACUUAAUACAAUGCUCAAUAUCCCACCCCCGCCGCCACGAUACCCGAGUGCGCCGUCAGCGACCGGUGGUGUUGUCCUACCACCACCACCCGGGCCGCCACCGAAUAGCGCUCUAGGGCCGCAGCCUCCAUGGCAGGCGACUUGGGGACGCCCGUACAAUGGCCAGCCUGGAUUUACAAUCCCACCUCCGCCCGCUGGCGGUCCCGUACCAGCAUAUAAUCCGAAGCUCCACUCCCAAGCCUCCAAUGGCACUCUUUCAACGAUACCCCCUCCCCCGCCGCAGACGAGCGAACUCAUGGGUACAUACAGGCCUGGAAAUGAUUCGAAUGAGGCGAUGGUGUCUGCGACGUAUAUACCGGGAGGGGAUACAUAUGGAGAGGGCGUUGGAAUACCUGGUUUCUUCCCGGAAGAUGUGUCAACGCAGCCAACGACAACUCAGAGCUCUUGGGGUACAUCUGCUCACACGAGCGGUACGAGUACUAUGAACUCUACAUUGACCGACGAUAGCAGUCGCGGAUUUCUGUAUGCCGGUGCGAUUAAUAGUCGCAUGGCAUCCACUUCGUCGAAUGCGACAACUGGGUUUACCGAAAUCCCUACCGAAAUAGCAGCUAAAUGGCCCCUGGAUCAUGUAUUACUAUGGUUAGCCGCGAAUCACUUCUCCAAGGAAUGGCAAGAGACGUUUAAGAACCUCAACAUUCAUGGAGCACAGUUUCUCGAACUUGGUAGUCAGAAGGGCGGCCGAGGCAAUUUCGGUAUGAUGCAUCAGCUCGUGUAUCCGCGAUUAGCACAGGAGUGUGUCAAUAACAAUACUCCAUGGGACCAACCCCGAGAAAGGGAGGAAGGCAAGCGAAUGCGCCGGCUUAUACGAAGUAUAGUGACUGGAAAACCGGUCGAUAGUACGAAGACGUUGCCUUCGCAUGCUAGCAAAGAAUCUCUUACUGGUACUUAUAAUCAGAGCGCGGGUACCGACGCAGAAUCGCCAAAUACCCCUAUAAAAUUAGGCUCUAGCUCUAGAGGAUUUUCUCAAUCACGAGCUACAACUAUGCCUACACUCAGCAGCACGAUGAGCUCUGACUCAAAUCAUCGUGCCAUAUUAAAGAAUAUUGAUAUCGAUAGUAGCCGUAAGCUAAGCCCGAGUCUUAGUGAACACGGAGAUAGCAAUUACCGGGCUGCGCUGCGAAGUGACAGCCCAGGAUCGAGUCCGAAAUUAUCUACUGCGUUUCUACCCCAGCCUUCGUCCGGGAGCUUAUCCCCGUCUAGGUUCCACCAUAAGAGCCGUAAUAGCACCGAGUCCGUUUCCUCCAAUGCAGCGAUAUAUGGCUCCGGCGUGCCCCCCGAGGCCGGCCAACUUUUAAGGAAUGGUAUGAGCGGGAUUGGAGACAUGAUCCAUGCUAGUCGCAGCGAUCGACGAUUCAAUACCGAAGGAAAACGUUCAGACUCGAAUGAUAACCGACCUGCUUCGGCCGAGCCAUCUUCUGCGAGAGACAACAAAAGCUUCUUGGGUUUCUUGAAAAGGAAUAAAAAGCAAAAGGAGGAUGAUUCGUUUCCUUCCCCUGAAGAUGGGGAGUCACCUACCAGCCCUAAUUUGCUGAAACCUCGUUUUGGAACCCCGCCACCAGAAGCAGUUCAGGAUUCGGCCCCGUCAUUCAGGCGCAACAAAAACGUACCUAGGGUGUAUAUCCUUAUCACGUUGGACGGAUGGAAUUUUCGACUUUGCGACGUCACCGACUGCGAUACUGCCGCUGAUUUACGUGCUAAUAUCUGUAUGCAUUUGGGACUUACCGAUCCGAGGGCAUUCGAAAUCUUCUUAACUGAAUUAGGACGUGGCGCGCACGAUGAAGCGCUAGAAGAUCAAAGUUUAUGGAUUCAUAAACGUAAUAAGGGCGACGCGCACGGUUCCCUAAAGUUUUUCAUUAGGCUAGGAGCGCCAUCCGAUACCAAUCGCAAUGUUCCGGCAGCACUCACCCCGGGUUAUCUAGCUCCGGGUUCAAAUUUGAAUGAGGACGCCUAUGCUCACCUGAAUGGUCGUACCAGGUCAAGUUCUUCGCCCCCCACGUCCAGAACCAAUACCCUUUCCGCAGGUUCCCAGCCAAACGAAGCCGAAUUGGCCGCGAAAGCCAGCGAAUACCGAGCCGAAGUCGAGAAGCAGCAAGCAGCUUAUCUUGCCAAGCGCCGACAAGCUAUCAAAGAAUCUUCCCCGAGCGAAAACUCACCUCAAACCGGAAUUGUUGGCAGGAAUGUAGACUUCGAUCAUCCGCGCCACUCUCCAUUCGAGGAAAAGAAACCAGAUAUACUCUUCCCUCAGAGGAAAGCACCCGCGCCCCCAGGCGUCGAGACAGCCACGUUAAUUAAGGCAAAUUCGUUAAGUAGGAAGACGGGCCAUAAUAUGCGGCUGUCGCAAGGCAGUCUAGACGGACACCCUAGCCCCAGGCGGCCCGCCACUUCAACAGGUGAAUCAAAUCAAGAUACGCACCAGAGACGCUCCGGUGGACCCCCUCUUGGCCCCCCUUCUCCACCGGCAGGAUCAGCUCUUGGGGCUCUGGUGAAUAUGGGAAGCGCCUGGGGCCGAUUGGGUCGACCAUCAGCCCCAACAUCGCAACAACGUCCAGUAUCACCUAGCCGAAAUACUUCGGCACCUGCAGCAGGGGGGGACUUGGUGGAACAAAGAGGUAAGGGAGCAAUGGCAAGCGUUGAUUUUGGCAUCACCGCCUCGGGUCGUAGUAACUCUAGAUCGAGGUCUGGUUCGCCCGGUUCCCUGACUUGGGGCCGCGGCGAUAUACCAUUCGUCGUUCCAGAUUAUUCGCCCGGGGGCACCCCACUCCUCGGCAACCGGGGAAAAACUUCUCAGCAGGAACCGAUUACUAAAAUGCGUGAAACAGCACGACGAGCACCGUCACCUGGCGACCUCAGCCCGAGUACCACACACCCGCCGGCGCCAGGACCUACCGCCGGACCAGAAACUACCCCGAAACCCCGUCCGAAAUCCCACGGACCCGAUGUGGACUUUACCGAGACCGAUGUACAAUUUUCCAAGCCGGCACCGUCGGCUAAACCGGUGGACGACGGCUCCGGAGACGACGAUUCCGAUGAUGGCCUAUUCGCUAUCCCGAUGAGAGGCAGACUACCGUCCAAGAAAACGGUACGCAAACAACCGAGUCGCAACGAGACAAGUAUCUUAGACAGUGACUCGGAAUCGAACGAAGAUAAGAAACCGAACCUAAGAGUUAAGACAUCGAGGUCUAAGAAGAGUUUAUCGGUGUCCUUUAAUUCUUCGCCUGGAGCUUCUAAUACACCCGACUUGGAGGAUGAUGAAGGAAGUAUACGGAGUGGUCGCGAUUCUUACCGUCGCACGCCAGCGACCCCAGGUUCAGAGCAAUGGCAGUCAGAUGAUAGCAAACUCAACCGCCGAAAAUCGUUCAUUGACCGUGGUGUUUGGGCCAACCGUCCACCCCCAGAGGCUUUGCUCAGCAACCUUGACGCCUUCUUCCCCGAGCUUGACCUUGACCAGCCUGUCCUUGACGAAAAUGAUAUUCCCGUAUCACCUAUAAACGAGCACGAGGACAUUCCACCCCUUCCGAAUAAUGCGAAAGCUCAUGCUACCUUGGGCAUCGGCCCUCUAACACCUGCUACUACAAGUAACACUACAAGAUCGUCAACUUACAACGAGAGCGACACGCUCGGUUCUGAUGAAUCCACACUGAAAGCACUAGAGCGCCCACCCUCAAUCGCCUCGGUUGCGACGCGUAAUGUUCAGCGGUCGAGUGGCCUUGGUCGAAUGAAGUCCAUUCGAGAGGUAGCACGUGGUGCCCACGAAGCUAACAAACGUUUCACCACGUCUACGACCAGCGGCGCGGGUGCUUCAUCUAUGGUCCAGCGACGCAAGAGUACGAAGAUGUUCGGCGCCAAUGUCGUGCAAAUCCGCCCAGAACGUGGUUCGAUGAUUGUUCCACAGAUCCCUCAGGAUAUACUUCCAAAGCGACAGACUACUUUCCGAUGGUUCAAGGGUGAGCUUAUCGGUAAAGGAACGUACGGACGUGUAUACCUCGGAAUGAACGCUACGACUGGUGAAUUCUUGGCGGUCAAGGAAGUUGAAGUUAACCCAAAAGCAGCAGCUGGAGACAAGAACAAGAUGAAGGAACUACUUAAGGCCUUAGACCAGGAAAUUGACACUAUGCAGAAUCUAGAUCACGUCAAUAUUGUACAGUACCUCGGUUGCGAAAGGAAAGAGACGAGCAUCAGCAUCUUUUUAGAGUAUAUCUCCGGUGGUAGUAUCGGAUCCUGCUUGCGCAAGCAUGGAAAGUUCGAAGAGCCGGUUGUCAGCUCGUUGACGCGACAGACACUAUCGGGUCUUGCAUAUCUACAUCGCGAGGGCAUCCUACAUCGAGAUUUGAAGGCCGACAAUAUCCUGCUAGACGUGGAUGGAACGUGCAAGAUUUCCGACUUUGGAAUUAGCAAGAAGACAGAUAAUAUCUACGGCAACGAUAAGACUAAUUCCAUGCAAGGUUCGGUGUUCUGGAUGGCGCCUGAAGUUAUCCGAUCCCAGGGUGAAGGAUAUAGCGCCAAAGUCGAUAUCUGGAGUUUGGGAUGUGUCGUUUUGGAGAUGUUUGCUGGAAGGCGACCUUGGAGUAAGGAAGAGGCUGUCGGUGCCAUCUACAAGAUCGCGAACGGAGAGAUACCCCCGAUCGCGGAUGAUGUGCGCGAGGCAAUUAGUCCGUACGCCCUAGGGUUCAUGCUGGACUGCUUUACAGUUGACCCUAGGGAUCGUCCGACGGCUGAACGCCUGCUCAGGCAGCACGAAUUCUGCGAACUCGAUGCGGAUUACAAUUUCUUCGAUACCGACCUAUAUGCCAAGAUUAGGGGCACGUUCCAGUAG